AUGUCGUUCACUACGAUCGUAUACUACCUUGCCGCUUCUCUCUCGAUCAUCGUGCUCAUGAGAUGGCGCCUAAUGGUCUUCGCACAAAAGCACCAGUUCUGGACACUCUGGUUCCGCCUGUCUUUGCAUGAGCCAUAUCUUCUGAGCUCGUGGAGUGUCGCAUCAUUACUAGCGACUACAGAGGCUGCUUACGGCUUUGCACAGCGUCCGGUACUUCAAGAAAGCUAUAACCGUCCGCUUGUCUUCUUGUCGAUGGGAGUCAUGUACGUCUUUGUCUUGGACUUCAUGUAUAGGUCCUUUCGAAAUCGUCGCUAUUUACAUCUCCGCUGGAAAGCUUGGACUGGCCAAAGCCGAACGGGGAUCUCACCGGGUAUGGCUCAGUACAUUGGAACGCCAGAAGACUGGAAGAUUAUGGCCCAGAACGGCUUGAGCUUCGUUUCUCGCCCUGUCGACCGUUUUUCCUGGGGCUAUUCCGCUCUAAUUACACAAGAUCCGACCGACCUUCUCAAGGCUAGAGCCGAGGCGAUUCCUACGGGUCAAACGACUCGUCCUAUACAACAAAGUGGUGUUUACCAACUGACUGCAAACGGGGCCUCUGUAUCGCUGGGUGAGAAGCUCGGAUUCCAAAGGCGAUGUAGCAGGGGUAUAAUGUCUGUUCCCGUACAUCUAUUCAAGACGUCACCCAUGCUUAGGUGUGGCCUACCUGGAGCGCCGAUUUGCCUUGCCUUUGGGAUCCUGUCUAGGAACAAAGGCCUAGAGCCACGAACACUUAUCUGCAAUCUGAAGCAGAAAAGCUCAUUUCGCCAAUGGGAAGAAGCCGGAAUCUGGCGCUCCAACCUAUCUUCCAAGCGAACCUCUUGGGUCCUCGAUUGGUCCGAGAUCAACAGACCUUUCAGUUUUUCAUCUCAAUGA